GACACCGUCAUAUAAAUAAUAAACAGUAUAAGUAGAAUUCACCUUCAAGAAACAUAUUUCAACAUAAUUGCAUUAGAAGAAUUAAGCACUGACAAUCCCUGUUACAAAUCUCUCAUUUUUGCGCUUAAAACGAAGUAAGAGUUCGCAUCUGCUCCGUUUGUAGUUCAUACGUACAUUCAGAAAAGCAGGAUUGAAGAACAUGAUUGAAAGCAAAGGCAAAAGCAAAAUCCCGUCUCAUCUUUCUAAGGGUAAAGAGGAAGACAGACAGUCUGCCCAGUUAUCAGAUUAUGAUGUAUAUCCGAAAAUACAAAAUAUGUCCUUCCAACGGUUAGAUAAAGAAAAUCCUAAUUAUUUAAAAAAAUUCCAAUGUAACGUUUCUCCUCGCUCUACGACAGGAGAGAAUUCAGCUGAAACAAUUAAGUCGGUACCUAACAACUUCAGCCUUUUUGGAAUGGUUAAAUCAAUGUUUAAUACCGUAGGCUGUUGCCUUUUGGGUCAAUAUGAAGAGGAAGCAUGGGAUGAGUUCGUCGACGAGUCUGUUGCCUACAAAAAGUAUGACCUAACGUCAACAGGGGAAAUCAAACUUCCUUCCUUCCCUGUCCGCGAAGUUCCCUACUUUCAGCACAAUGUUCCAUAUGAUGGCUAUCUGAGUCCUCUCAGUUACCAAGGUUGGAUUCGUCAUCUUUCUCAAAACGCAGGUGUAGAAGUCAGUUGGAAGAAAACGUAUUGCACCGUUAUGAAUCCUUUUUCUAACGGAAUGAUCUACACCAUCCCUCAUAACGAUGGCAGAAUUCUACUAGAGUCCUGCUACUGUGAGAAAAAUUUGGGCAUGUCCACUUCACCAAGGAUUAUGGAGUUCAUGCCAUAUAGGCCCCUUGUAAAGUUCAAUUGUUCCAAAUUAUUCAAUUCCUUCGAAAACUAUUUUCGAGAACUUACGGAAUUCUUGCUGAACGGACGCGCACCCCUCAACGUCUUGGUUCAUCACAUAAUGCUCUAUCACUAUUAUCCCACUUCUAUGAAGGAUGUUUUGUGGAAAGCUGUCGAAGUAUACUUGGAUAUUCACUGCACCGAGGAUCGUUAUUGCAGAGUUCAAGUAGAGGCAGCUAAACGUAGACUAGGUGACAUUCGACUUUAUUUGGUGUACCCUCGUGAUAUUUACAAAUUUACAAAUUCCAAAGAUUGGAUCGCAGUCGCUACACGAGGGUUCAUGUCUUAUAUUCAAACAAGGAACCCUUUAUGUCUAGGAAGUAUUCCAGUCAACAACAAGAGCAUUUCCGAACUUCUUUCUUAUACGACAAGUACAGAUUGCAUGGCUUGGCUAUCCUUACUUAUCUGUGCAGGGUCUAACGGGUCUCGUUUCCCACUGCAUAAGUACAUCAAUACGAAGACACGAAUCAUGAAAAGUAAAACCUCAAUAACGGACUUCUUGUUUUCUGAUGAAGACCUGCUUUUCUUCCAAGAUAAAGAAUCCAUCACCGAAUUCAAACCUUUACAACAGCAACUUUUAAGGGAACUAGCAGAUUGUGAUGCUCAUACACAGGCCCUUCAUGAUUCUAGUAUUACUCGCGCAGUUGAUGCAUCCAAGCACCAAAUGAAGGGAAUUAAAUUUUAUGAGCAAGAAAAAACAAUAGAAGAAACGAAAGAAACUCACGGCGAACUUCAAAGCAAGCGCCAACAACUUACAAAACAAUUGGAACCCCGUCAGCCACAAUCUCAAAUUAAUCGUAUCUCUUCUUACAGCAGCACCAUUACUCAAAAGGGUUAUUUGACACCGCUGCUUAUAACAAGGGUCUUCGUUCAAUAAACAAGGCACCGGCCUUCACUUACUCGAUAUCGUAACUAUUUGUCUUUUCAGUUUCUUUGUUGUAUAGAAAGCACAACCUUCCUUCAUUAUUCCUUUACGGCCCCUCUGCAUCCAAAUGAAAAUUAUUGAACACAUCCAUCCUUCGAGUUACCAAGCAUAAAGCUUGUAUCUGUUCUAUUAAUUCCUAUUUUUGACUCUACCAUUGGUUUUAGCCAAAACUGGUUGAUAUUUAGAUGACAUUAAAAAUAAAAUUUUUAGAAUUCGAAGA